CCAGUUCCGCCCUCCCUCGUAGCCGCCCGCUCGCCUGCCUCCGCCAUGGCCCGGUCCGCCCCCCGCCUCAUCUCCGUGUUCCCGAGCCCCCAGGAGCUGGGGGCGUCGCUGGCCCAGCUGGUGGUGCAGAGGGCGACGCAGUGUGGGGCCGACGCGGGGGGCCCCCGGGGGCGCUUCUUCCUGGGGGUCUCCGGCGGGAGCCUCGUCGGGCUCCUGGCGCAGGAGCUGCCCCGGGCUGCCGCCUCGGAGGGGCCCGCCGCCCCCGACCGCUGGACCCUUGGCUUCUGCGACGAGCGGCUGGUGGGCUUCGCCGACCCCGAGAGCACCUACGGGCAGUAUCGGACUCAUCUUCUCUCCAAACUUCCCAUCCCUGAGAGCCAAGUGAUCACCAUUAACCCCACUCUCUCUGUGGAGGCGGCGGCUGCGGACUACGCAGAGAAGUUGAGAGAAGCUUUCCAGGGGGACAGCAUACCGGUGUUUGAUCUGCUGAUUUUGGGAAUCGGACCGGACGGUCAUACAUGCUCUCUCUUUCCGGACCACCCACUCCUGCAGGAGAAAGAGAAGAUUGUAGCUCCCAUUAACAACUCCCCAAAGCCCCCACCACAGCGGGUGACCCUGACUCUGCCGGUGCUGAAUGCGGCACGGAUGGUCGUGUUUGUGGCUACGGGCGAGAGCAAAGCGGCUGUCCUGAAGCGCAUUUUGGAGGGCGAAGAGGAGAACCCGCUUCCCGCUGCCCUCGUCCAGCCCCACACGGGGAAGCUGUACUGGUUCCUGGAUGAGCCUGCGGCCAAGCUGCUGUCGGUUCCCUUCGAGAAGCAUUCCAUCUUGUGAAGCUGCUGUCUGGGGUGGGGGGAAUCCAGCAGCCUGCCGCCUUGGGCUCCGAGUUGGCCCUCCCGUUCCGGAGCCGGCCUGUGGGGCCAGAAGAGGGGCGGGGCGCCUUUCCAGUUGCACAUGGAAACUGCAGGAUGGUUAGUGCAAGGUCUGUUUUGUGAACAUCGGUCGGUGUAAAGCGGCUGCCCAGUAUUAAAGGUGUGAAUUUCA